UAGAAUUGAUCUUAACUGGGAAAACGUAAUGAGGUGUCAACAUUGGCUAUCUACCUAUAGAAAAGAGAACUAAUUCAGAUAUGUACAAUGUGUAUAUACUGCUUUGUUACAUCUAAUGUGUUGCGUUACUGAAUCAAAUUACCCACGAACACAGACAGAGAAUGCGCCUAUCUAUGGAACUUUACGGUACAGCCAUACCAGCAGAAAGGGAUAGUUCGAUGUGCAUGCAUUUCCCAUUGAAAAGCUUGCAGCUACUUAAAUCACAAAUGAGAAUGCCCCGUCAAUGACAAUUAUUUCAUACACAUUCUGCAAAUCAUAUAUUUUCAUGCACAUCGUGAAGUCGCUUUUGCACUGUCUUUAACAAUAGCAUUGUGUGCAGUGCAUCCUAGCUAGUUGCAAAAUAAACCCACCCCCCCUUCCGAGAAGAACAGCGCGCGACCAAAACAUGGCGGAGUCAGAGGAGGCUAAACAAAAAUCUCAGCAUGAACUCCGGCUGUCCAAGGCUUUUGAUGAGGCGGUGAAGCUCUCAGCCCCCACGGCUGGUGAGUCCCAGCGACAACACACUCCCCUGUCAACAAGAUCUCUUUGGAGCAGCAUCUCAACCGGACCAGUCUUUGGAGCACCAGAACCAGUCGGACGGCCUGACGUCGACCAUGAUUUUAGCAGUGACGAUGAAGGGAAUGUAUUCCCUCACAUCUCUCAUCCUACCAGUACCACCUUCUCCCUAGCUGGUCUGGGGGUGGGCCAGCCAGAGGAUGAGCUGGAUGGGGUCCCUGUGUUUGGGGCAGAUGAGGAGGAGGAGUGGGACAUAGACCUGCCCAAGGUGGCACUGGGUGAUGUGGAGUCUGACAGAGAGUCAGGCGGACGGCCGGCUGGAUCGCCUGACACACGACGUGCAGAGACUCAGGAUGAUAAAAAUUCCACUGACAGAUUCCUUGAUGCAGUCUCACUUUCCAAUAUUAGAACAGCUUCUGAGGUGGCUAGUCAAAUGCAAGGAGAAAGCCAUCUUUCAACUAACCUAUCUCAGUCCCCUUCACCAGAUAACAGCUUGGAUGGAGUAAGACAGAAUCGGUCUAUUGCUGGGGGAUCCAGCCGUCAAGAGAGGUCAGAGAGUGUGUUCCAGAACCCAGUGGUAGGGGACAGAGAACGGCCACCCAUCUCUCCCCCCAUGAACAUCAAGGAUGAGCCCAUAGAUGAAGGAUAUGACUGCGCCCUUCUACCCUCAACACGGGGUAUCAAGGAGGAGCUGGACAACACAGCUCCUGAGGAGGUGCUGAGGAUCAGUUCUGUCUUUUCUGUUAGUGGAGGAAAUGCGUAUGGCUCGCCCACUGCUGCUCCCCAGACCCCCACCUCCAUAUUUGCACCAGGAAGAAGUCUAGUUCAACAGGGGCCAACGAUGACCCUCAGGAGCCUGGCUCCAGUGCCCCAGCCACCCCCUCCCCAGCCCCAGCCCCAGCCCCAGCCCCCUAGUGGCUCCAACCCAGCCAACGCAGUGCGUGUGUCCUGCUCGGGCUGCUCUAAGAUCCUGCUGCGCGGUCAGACUGCCUUCCAACGGAAAGGAUCCACCCAGCUCUUCUGCUCCACUGUCUGCCUCACUGGGUUCACCCUGCCUCCCAUCAAACUGAGAACCUGCUACCAGUGCCUAAAGGAGAUCGAGGACCCCAAGGAUGUAAUCAGUGUGAUUACAGACAAUAACCUGAAGGAUUUCUGUAGUCAGUUCUGCCUCUCUGUGUUCAACCGCAAGAGGAAACCAGGGACUAUUUCCAUGCCUUCUUUUCAAGAGCCCACCGCCCCGAUGUGCAGUAUGUGCAAGAAGAGUGACAUGAUUCAGCACGAAGUGACUCACCAGGGCUCCUUACACAAAUUGUGUAGCGAUGAGUGUUUCAUGCGCUUUCGCUCCUCCCACAACCUGGUCAUAAAUGUGUGUGAGAGCUGUGGCGAGUACUGCGCCAGUACUGACAGGAACUGCCGGUCGCUCCGAGUAGAGGGUGUCACCAUGAAGUUCUGCAGUCGAACCUGCAUUAGCACUUUUAAACGAACGACCACCAAGGUAAUGCCGUGCGGUCACUGUCGUGAUCUGAGACUCAUGUCUGACAUGGUGGAGAGCACUGAUACGGAUGGCAAGGUGGACCUCUUCUGCAAUUCCGUCUGUGUCAAUAACAGCCGGCCGCAGAACGACCUGUCAGGAACGGCAUUCCCUUGUACCUACUGCAAAGUGAAGGCCGUCUCUCAGUACCACCUGGCCAUGGUAGACGGCAGCAUCCGCAACUUCUGCUCUUACACCUGCGUCAAGACUUUCCGGGAGGCCGAAGGCAGCCAGCUUCCCCCCCAACUGGGCCAGAUGAACGGCUCCUCAUCCACUGCUCCUCCCAUGGUGUCUCCAUACCUCCAGACCCCUCCAGCACCACCCCAGACCUACUCCCAUCCUUACCCCCCAUCCUGGGUCCCCACCACUGGCCGCCCGUACGCCCCAACCCAGACCUCUGCUCCACCUCUACCCUAUCGAGCCGCCACAGGCUUGGCUUGGGCCUACGGGGUGGGGCAGCAUCAACCAGGGCCGCCCAUGGCCCCCUCCUUUACCUCCGCCCCCAGUGGACCUGUGAAACUCUCCUGCCAUCAGUGUCCUCAGCAGUUCCGCUGGAAACCUGAGCUCUAUGAGUACAAUGGUCGCACCAUGCAGUUCUGUUGCAAACUGUGCUGUGUUGAGUUUAAGAAAAGAAGUAAUAUCAAAGUGAGGUGUGAAUACUGCAAACUGGAGAAGGUGGUCAAAGAAGUCAUCAGAUAUGACCUCAUCGACCGGCCCUUCUGCAGUGAGAGCUGUAAGCUGCUCUUCAAGCACGACAUGAAGGGGCCAUGGCGGACGUGUGCCUAUUGUGCCGACAUCAGCCCCAAGAUGAUCCACAACCACUUUGGUGGAAGGAUGCAAGAGUUCUGCAGGGACGCGUGCAUGUCCAACUACACUGUUCUCUUCUAUGAGAUGGCUAAGUGUGAGUGCUGCAGACGUCAAGGGAAGAUGAGAGAGCAACUGAAGUGUUUUGGGGCAAUUAGGCACUUCUGUAACCUGGAGUGUGUUAUUCAGUACUGCUAUCAGACCUUCCAGCUGCACCCUCGGACUAGCAACGGCACCACUACUACACAGGGUCCGUCCCAACCUCUGUUCUCCCUCUCCAAGCCAGCUCCUGUCAUUGCUGAUGUUGUCUCGUUGGCCACCUCUCCUGCUGGCCAGCCCCAUGCUACGGCUGCCACUGCCCUGACUGGAGCUCUUCCGACGUCGAACUCUCACGGCAAGAGCCUUGGCGAUGCCAGCACCCAGACGGACGCCAUGAGGAUCUCAGCCCGCCGUCGGAUCAUGAAGAACAAGGCCAUCAUCUGUAAACCCCUCAUGCUGGACCAGGAAACCAGCUGCCCGAUUCCGAUGCAAACAGCAGAGAAACCAAUGGCACCCAUGGGGUUCACAGAGACUGGGUUCACGUACACAGAGAACGGGGAGAAAGUGCGGGUGGUUGUGAUGCCCGUUCCUGUGCCAGUCUUCAUCCCAGUGCCCAUGAACCUGUACACCCAGUACACUCCUGUGCCCAUGGGAAUCCCCGUGCCUGUGCCAGUGCCCAUAGUAAUACCCUCCUCAUUAAGCCGUUCAGAGCUCAAGGACAAGAAAGACGGUGUCGCAUCUCAAACCAUGGCCGAGCAGGAGGACGAGGAGAAAGACAAACCUGUCUCCCAUGGAGACCAAGGCAGCGCCUACAGUGGAGACCUGGAGUCUGAGGCUGUGUCCACCCCCCACAGCUGGGGUGGAGAGGAUGAGUCUACAUCCAACCCCCAGAGAGGGGCAGAGGGUCCUGUCGAACCCCCCAGCACAACAUCCUCCCCCAGCAUGUUGGACCUGGAGGCUGACUACCCCCCUGAGUCGUUUGAUCGUGCUGCAGUGAAGGGACAGAGGCUGACUGUACAGGCCACAAGACAGAAGAGACCCAAAGAUGGCUUCCCUCCCAGAAAACGGAGUCGCAAGCAAAGUGGGACUAUGGACAUGGUGGAGCAAACUGUUUCACUCCCUCCUGCCAGAUCAAAACUCCACCACGAGUAUGGGGUGAAAGCCUGGAAGAAUUGGGUCCUGCAGAGGAACAAGCGGUUUGACUGUGAAUUUGCCAAAGAUCCCUCUAAGUCCAUGGUUUUGAAGGAGGACGUGUUGCAGUGUAACUCCUCUGAGCUUAGUUAUGGCCUCUGUCGCUUCAUCAGUGAGGUCCGUCGCCCCAACGGUCAGGCCUACCCUGCUGACAGCAUCUUCUACCUCUGUCUGGGCAUACAGCAGUAUCUAUUUGAGAAUGGAAGGAUAGAGAAUAUCUUCACUGACGUGCUCUACCACAAGUUCACCAUGGAGAUUACGAUGAUGCUACAUUUCUGGAGACCUACCCUGCUGCCCAGCGGCUACCUGCAUUCCCGUGUGGAGGAGGAAUACCUGUGGGACUGUAAGCAGCUGGGGGCCCACUCCCCCUUCGUGUUGCUCAACACCUUGCUCUUCUUUGGAACCAAGCUCUUCCAGUUCAAGACCCAGAGCCAACACAGACGUUUGUCCUUCGCCAACUUCACCCACUGUACCAGGGUCACGAAGAACGGCAAGAGCGCCUUCCUGAGGUUUAGGCCUUGUCAGGACACCGCCGUGUAUCCAGAGCUGCUAGCUUUGCCUGCCAAGAGGAAGCUGGAUGAACAGGAUGGUGACAUGGAGAUGCCUGAGAACACUGAGGACCCACUACGCUGCCCUGUCAGACUCUACGAGUUCUACAUCUCCAAAUGCUCAGAGUCUGUGCGGAAUAGGCCAGGCCUGUUCUACUUGCAGCCAGAGCCUUCAUGCCUCUCCAACAGCUCGCUGUGGUACUCUGGCCAGCAACUAGAAGGCGCUGCACUGGAGAGCAUGCUAACACGCAUCCUGGCUGUACGGGAGGUCCAUCUGGAUGAGCCUCCACUGCAUCAUCACUCUACUGAAGCUUCAUCAGCCUCCACAGACGACAACGAUGAUAGCUCGUAGUGGAUAUAACAGACUCAUGGAAUGGCACCCUAUUCCCUAUAUAGUGCAGUGCACUACUUUUGAACAGGGCCCAUAGGGCUCUGGUCAAAAGUAGUGCACUAUAUAGGGGAUAGGGUGCCAUUUCAGACCAACCAUGGACAUAUUGCAAAAAUAUCCACAAUCAUGUAAAGACACUACGAUAAGAUACUUUUUUGACACUUCAUUUAGUCUUUCAUAAUGUCUUUGUUUCUAGAUUCUAGUUUUAGAGGAUGAAUGGAAUCAUUGUUGACAAAACAUAAAAAUACUGUUAAUGUUACAUUAGUGUCCGUUUGUUUUUCUAAGUUGUUACUAUAGCUGAAUAUUUUAUUGUUACUUUCUACUAAUCUGCCUUUUAUUCUAAAGGCCCACACAACUUAAUUCCAUAGUCUCGAUCAUCCACUCUACUAACUAAACCAAGGUGAUCACGUAAUAUUGUACAUAGAUGUUUUUUUUGUAUGGAUCCCUCUGUUAUGGACUUGAAUAAGCAACAUGAUUAUGCAAAUGACAUUUCUGUCUGCUCUGCUGUUUGUUCUCUGAAGGGAUUAAAAGAAAACCUCUGACUCUGAGAAUAAAACUCAGAAACCGA